GACAGAUAGUUGCACGGAUUACGAAUGGGAUUUCAUGAUUUCAUCAAUGUUGUAGAUAAAAGUUCUGGAUAGUAGGCUUAGAAUUUAUUAAAAAACAAAGUGAAAAAUUUCAUAAAACUGUAGACCGUGCAAUUCAUAGACCUUUUAAUACAGAAAUGCAUACAUGUAGACACUUAUUCUAUAGUCCAGCACGUUGGAAAUGUAUCUUGCCUGUCAAUGUAAAACCUACAGUUUUUUCUUCGAAAUCAGAUCAGAUCACAGUACAGGAAUGGCGAAACUAUUCAGCACGAAAAGGAUUCUUCUCAUCCAUAAUCGAAAAUAUAAAAGAAGAUAUUGCAAAGAAUAAAGAGAUGAAAGAGAAUAUCAAGAAGUUCAGAGAGGAAGCUCAGAAAUUGGAGAACUCUGAGGCCUUGCAGGCUGCACGACGAAAGUUUCAUGCUGUUGAGUCAGAAGCAUCCAAGAGUUCUGAAGUACUCAAGGAGACGUUAGAAGGCAUCAAGGGCAAGGUGGGACAUGUCCUGGAAGAAGCAAGCAAGACUGAGAUUGCUAGGAAAGCUGGCAAGAUUACAGAGGACAUUUCAAAAAGUGCGAAGGAUGCAGCGGAGAGUAUAGCAGACACCAGCCAAAAGCUUGGACAGACUUCUGCAUUCAAAACUAUAUCGCAAGCGACAGAAGUGGUGAAGAAUGAAAUAGCGCCGAAGGGGUUAGAGGGCCGAGUGUACGUCUCCCCUAUGAUCCUACGAAAACGAGUUGAGGUGGCGCUGGACGAGCGCAGCGUGGCGCCGGACGCGGAGGCCACGGGCCUGGAGCUGCACCGCGACUCCAAGUUCCACCAGCAGUGGGAGGACUUCAAGAACAACAACCAGUACAUCAACAAGGUUUUAGAUUGGAAACUUAAGUAUGAAGAGUCUGACAAUCCCUUAGUGAGAGCGUCGCGUUUCGUCACCGAGAAAAUGGGCAGCCUGUUCGGCAACAUGUUCGAAAACACCGAAUUAUCAAAAACGCUCACUGAGAUCUGCAAGAUAGAACCGACCUUCACCGCUCAGCAAUUUCUGCAAGACUGUUCAUCUGACAUCAUACCGAACAUCCUCGAGGCCAUGGUUCGUGGAGACCUGGACAUACUGAAAGACUGGUGCUACGAAGGAGUGUUCAACAUAAUAGCUACUCCGAUCAAACAGUGCAAACAAUUAGGAUACAGACUCGACUCGAAGAUCUUGGACAUCGAGCAGAUCGAGUUAGUGAUGGGCAAAAUGAUGGACCAGGGACCCGUUCUAGUCAUAACAUUCCAGUCUCAACAGAUCAUGUGCGUUAGAGACGCGAAGAACAACGUAGUAGAAGGUGACCCUGAUAAAGUGAUGAGGGUCAACUAUGUGUGGGUGCUCUGCAGAGAUCCUCAGGAGAUCAAUCCUAAAGCUGCCUGGAGAUUACUCGAACUAUCCGCAAAUAGUGUUGAACAGUUGAUAUAGAACUGGUAGUGUACAUAUGUGUAGAUUAAAUUGUUGACAAUUU